AAGCGAUGCCAGAGAUGAACUCAAAGCACAGUCGCAAAUCGCUGGAUAGAAGUUCGACCGCAUUGUUCGGACGUUCCAACUGUAAUCCUCCUUGUGCGAGCAAAAUUCAUGGAAAUGACUAGCAGGAGUCCGGCUUGAAUUGGCCAGGACACCAAGGUGCGCGAUCGAAGGGCUCAACUGAAGCCGAGAUCCGGACCCGAAAUGCCGGUCACCAUCGCCGAAUACUACUGUGGGGGCGGGGCAUCAAACCCGCGAGAGGGGGGACGGGAUCAAAUGACGACGUUGCGCAGUACAUAGAACUCAAUCCGUUUCUUGACAUCAUCUCACACUUUCCCUGCUCACUGGCUAUCCUGUGCCUCAAGCUUUCAUCACCGCUGCAACCCUCGGGCCCCCCUUCAACUCAAAGAACCAAGGACCACCAAGCGUAUCUUACCCUCGAGAUCUAGCCCAGCAUGAGUCCCUCAUCGCAACAAAGUGCCCCCUUCAACGAGAGUAAUCUCCCAGAAAACCGCACAUCCGCCGCCUUUCCCCUCCCGGUCCCAACCCUCGAUCUCGACUUCCGCAUCGUCGUGGACCUCAACCCUCUCAUCCCUGUCGGCGUUGGCCCGUUCGGCCAGCGGAACUGGAUCUCCUUCUCCGGGGGCGCCUUCUCGGCCAAGUGGGGCACCGGCACCGUCGUCGCCGGCGGGCAGGAUAGCCAGAUUGUCGUCAACGAGACCCUCAGCACCGCUGUCGAGACGUCGUAUCUGCUGAAGACGGAUGAUGAGAUGCCGGCUUACAUUACUGUGAAGACGACUGGCUGGCGGACUGGGCCGCGGGAGGUCAUGGAGAGGUUGUUUGAUCCGGCUAGAGCGAAUGAUGUCAAGCCCUCCGAGUAUAGCUUCCGAUUGAAUGUCAAGAUGGAGACAGGAGAUGAGCGGUAUAAGGAUAUUGUUAACACUGCCAUGUGGGUGGGUAGUGGUGCUCGGUUGGGAGCCACUGUCAUCUAUGAUGCUUACCGGGUGGUUUAAUGGCACCAGUGGGCUCUGAGAACCAUGGAGGCGAUUAACAAUACGACUUUUCAGUUCAGGUGUGCCCAUAUAUACACCGUUAUUGGUACAUACAUAGUUGGAGACAAAAUCAAAUGUCUAUACUCAUGCAGGAUUGUGGGCUGUUGUCCGCUAAUUCUAGUUUUUUCCGUCGAACCAGCUCCACAAUUAUAUUUGGCAUGAAAUACAUGGAAAAAACCAACACACCACCAACCAUCG